UUAUUACAGUCAGUGAUAUCAAUAAGUCAGCAGCUGGAAUACUUCAAGGAAUACAAGGAGAGGCUGAAGCAGGCCAAGGGCCAGGCCGUGGCCGACGAGAUCAUCGCCGAGGCGCUGUACAUCUUCAGCAUCGGCACAAACGAUUUCUUCGUGAACUACUACGUCAUUCCUCUCCGGCGCGCCCAGUACACGCCAACGGACUACGCCAGCUACCUGGUAGGCCUCGCCGAAGACGCCGUCCGCCAAGCUUACGAGCUCGGCGCCCGCAAGGUCAUGCUCGGCGGCAUCCCGCCGUUCGGGUGCGUGCCGGCGGCGAGGACGUUGAACCGGGAGGCGCCGGGGGAGUGCAACGAGGAGUACAACCGGGUGGCGCUGAGGUACAACGCCGGGAUCCGGGACGCCGUGGUGAGGCUCGGCGCCGAGCUCGCCGGCGCGCGGGUGGUGUACCUGGACGUGUACGACGUGCCGUCCGCCAUCUUCGCCAGCCCGUCGGAGUACGGCUUUGAGAACGUUGCGCGAGGCUGCUGCGGCACGGGGCUCAUCGAGACGACCGUCCUUUGCGGCAUGGACGAGGCGUUCACGUGUCAGGAUGCUGAUAAGUACGUCUUCUUUGAUUCGGUCCAUCCUUCUCAGAGGACAUACAAGCUUUUAGCGGACGAAAUUAUCAAAACUACGCUGCAAGUAUUCCUAGCAUGAUAUUUUGUACACCUACGGUAUAUAAAAAUUAAGGAAAUCAGAUACUAGUGGUAGGAAAGAGUAGAUUUUGUGCAGAUCCACCGUUGGUUUCCUGGGUAACAGGGACAUCUUAUAUGCGAAUUUUCUUUUACUUCAAGGGCAGUUUAAUCCAAUAUAAGACCAUCUCU